AUGCCUGAUGUCAGCAAACUCGAGGCUGUUGCAGCCGCUUCCACUACUACUAGCACCUCACCUCUCAUCAUACAAUCCACCACCACCACCACCACUCCUACCCCUCCUUCCGCAGCCAUCGCCAGACCGACAACCGCAACCACAACCAUGAUGCCCCGCACCUCCACAGAAGUCCCCUCUCCCCUCCCCUCCCCAGUCUUCCAAACCUCCCGCCCAACCACCCCUUCCCCCCGUGCCUCCUCUUCCAACCUCCACCAUUACCACCCUCAGCACCACCCGUCAAUCUCCUCCCGCCGCCCCUCAUCAUCCCUCUCAAUCGGUUCUUCGUCAUCUCGCCGCCCCUCUUCCUCAAUCCUCUCACCAUCCUCAGCCGACCAAUCCCUCCCGCAGCGUCUGCCCCGUCAGCCAACCCCUCAGGAUGCCGCUGCCUUCGCAGAACUCCACCAGGAACUCGAGACGGAGCAAGAAGCGCAGGUCAAUAGAUUGUUAAACAUGAUCCGCCUGCAGCAAUUCCAGCAGCAGUCCCAGAACCAAGGCUCGGGCGGCAGCGUCAUAGAUGAUAACUCCUCCACCGCUGCAACCAUUGAUUCGAACUCUACCCUCGGCGCCGCUGUGGGUGGUGGGCGAGCGCUGUCACCGGUCUCGGCGUAUAGCCGUAGCGGACGUUUAUCCCGGGAGAAUUCCACCACAUCUGCCAGCAGGGGUAGGAGGAGGAGGUCGGCCUCCAGGACUUCUACGGCUACGUCGACUUCUAGUCCUAGUUUUCCGACUGGGAGCUUCAUUCCAGAUAAUGCUAGUGACACUUCCGCUAGCGUGCCCUGGAUCGGGUCUUCACAUAGCGAUAUGGGAUUCUACGUCGCGGAGGCGCAGAUGCUCACGAGGGAGAACGAAAUGCUAAAAAGGAGGAUUAGAGAGCUUGAGAGACAGGUUUCGGAACUUAGCUCCAAGUAGUCAACUUCCAGGAGCGAUGUUGCGCCUCCGGGCGGCACUACUUCUUAAAUGUACGAUGAAAGGGCGCGGGAGAGGGGCACUACUGUUGUCUUCACUUUUUUUACUGCUGGGUCUAUUUUUGUCUCUUUCACUUCUGUCUCUUUUCCGUUCCGGCCUUUUUCCCAUCCCACCCUCCAAUAACUAUUUAUCCACAACGGUGUUUCUGUUGCCGCGUUUUUUUCUCCAGUCUUGUCUGGUUUGCUUAGUUAUACUGGUCCCGAUUGAUAUUUGUUUUUUUUGUGGAAAAUGGCGAUAAACACCUCUUCUCUCCUCCGCUUUGUCUUACUUGUAGUUUUGUAGAAACACACAAACGUGUAUGUGAUUGUCGGUUUGUCAUUGUCGCGGCCGGCACCAUGCUCGUAUCAUACGUGUAGGAUACCGGUACCAUCUCGAGACGGUCCGAGCAUGGGGAGGCCUUGUGGUAUCAUCAUCUGAUAACGAUAAGGCCUUGUGUAACCUUCACCAUCCGGUUAAAUAGCUGAUGACUCAUCGUAUCGCUACCAACGUGCACCUCAGUCAUUCACUGCCUGAAUUUGUAUUCCCGACAACAAUAAACUCAACUCUCAAAAGUAUUGUCCCAUACCCCGUUUUCCCGCAAAAGUCUGUAUAUUCAUUAGGUGAAAAAAAUAAUAAAAGAAAAUUAUCUAAGAUUAUUCAAAAUUGUUAAAAAGUAGGUAUUUAAAAGGAAAAUCAUUUUAUGAUUUUUAUUUAUUUUAUCUAUUUGCUUCACAAAGCUGGUAUUUAUUUUUAUCCAAUUGUUAAUAUAGAAUGCCAAGCCCCCCAUAUAAAUUUGGCUAACUUUGGUGGAG